AUGGCUUCUGGAAAUUUCUCCAAUCGGUCUAUAAGAAGCCCCUCUUCCUCCACGCCCUCCACUCCACAGACACCUACUCCUAAUGCAUUCUCCUUCCUCAACAGCCGUCCUCCCAAACCUGACCGUGCUCGAGAAGACAUCAUCUUAAAACAAAGAAAAAGACGUGCUGAGGACGUCUGGGACCACUUUCGAAAGCCACAAGAGGACGAAGACAAGAGAGGAAAGGAUGGACAGUCAUUAAUGUACUGCAAAUUUUGCAAUGGAAGGUGGUCUACUGCGAUUACGACAAAUGCACGUGGCCAUCUUGCGAACAAGCAUCAAAUAUACAUUGAGGUUGCAGAGCCAAAGGGCAAGAAACCACGCCAAUUAGCCCUCGAUAUCUCGUUUCAAAAUGCUACACAGAAGCUAGCGGAAAGGGACAGUUUCGAGUUGAGAGAGAAGCUCCGCAACGCUAUUGACAGGGACGCUUUUUAUGAAGCACAGAUCCAGCUCAUUACUCGCCGCCGGAUGGCCUUUAAUUGUGUUGAAUGGGCUGAAUAUCAAGCACUCCUCAUGUCUAUUAACCCAGAAGUCGAAAGCCUCCUUGUCGAAUCACAUUCAAGCAUCCCAAUCCAUAUUGAGCGCAGCUUCCGCAAGCAUUAUGGAACCGUCAAGAGCCGGCUCCAAAAUGCUAGGUCUCAAAUUCACUAUAGUAUCGAUCUCUGGAAAUCACCAAACCGCAAAUCAUUCCUCGGCAUUUGCGCACAAUUCGUUGAUAAUGAGUACGUUCUUCGAAAGGCGCUGUUGGCACUUCCACAGUGCCGCUUUUCACAUAGUGGUGAGACAAUGGCAGCCCACAUUCUUGAUGCGAUCAAAGCUUAUGAGAUUGCCGAAAAUACUGGAUAUAUUGUUGGGGAUAAUGCUUCAAGUAAUGACACUUGUGUUGCGGCCAUUGGAAGAGAGCUUAUCAAACUGGGAAUUGAAUUUGAUGGGAAGAAGCGCCGUAUUCGUUGUUGUGGUCACAUCAUCAAUCUCUCUCUUGAAGCCUUUCUUUUUGCAAGCACUGUCGAAGCACUCGAAGCUGCUAUCGAGGCUGCAAAGGAAGAGGCAGACCUCACCAUUGUAGAGGCAUUACAAGAACAACUUCGAGAAAAGCAAGGUAAGAAAGGCAAGAAGAAACGACUGGGUGAUGAGGCUGGAUGGCAGUCAAUCAGUGCACUCAGUAAUCUCCAUACUAUCGCCGUCUUCAUUCGCUCCUCAUCGAUCCUUUCAGAUGAAUGGGAGACAUUAGCCGGCAAAACGUUAGGCAUUGAUAAUGUCACCCGAUGGAAUUCAUGGUUUAAUCUCAUUAAAACAGCGGUUGAGAAGCAAGCAAAGUUGAUGAUCUUCUGUCAAAACCAUCAUAAAGAACUUGGACCAGCAGUUCUCUCGCCUCAAGAUUGGGAGACUCUUAAAAUUACUCUGGAGUUCUUACAGCCCUUCUCUCAAGCGACGCUUAUUCAGGAGUCAAAAUGGUCAUCUCUUGAUCAGGCACUCUGGACGAUGGAUGUACUGUUUAAGCAUUACGAGCAAGCGAAGGCCAAGUACGCCCAUAACUCCCAUAUAGUCAACUCCAUCAAUAUGGGCUGGUACGUACUUGACAAGUAUUACAAAUGUUCUGACGAAGCUCCCGCCUACACUACUGCUCUCCUCCUCCACCCUAUGCGCCGAAAAAAGUAUAUUGACCUUCAUUGGGAUCCAUCUUGGUGUGGGCCAGCCCUCAGAGCAGCGAGGGAGGUCUGGGCAAAGUACAAAGAUCUGCCACUUCAAGAAAAUGCAAACCGGGGGGCGAACGACAGCCAUGAGCUCUCAGAGUUUGACAAGCUUGCGCAAGAGCUUGAUGUUACUGAGGAUGACGGUGAGGAUGAAUUUGAGAAGUUCGUUACAUCGUCGCCACAUAAGAUUACCUGCUCCCCUUUACAAUGGUGGUGUAAAGAAGAACAGAGAUUGGAGUACCCUCGUCUCCACAAAAUGGCUAUUGACAUUCUCUCUAUCCCGCCAAUGUCAGACGAGGCAGAACGUGUCUUUUCAGGUGUUAGACGUACAAUCUCUUGGGAUAGGGCAAGGCUAGGCGCUUGGAUUGUGGAGAUGACAGAGCUUUUAGGGAAUUGGAAUAAGAAUGAUCUUAUUCGAGUUCUGCAUGUACUAACUGGCGAAGAUGAUGAAGUUAUUAGCCUUUCAGAGACUGGCGGCAAUGAAAUUGACAUCGUCGGCGGUGACAACUCGUCACAGUAA